AUGGGAAGUCAUAUACUUAUCAAUAAGAUUAUGAUACAUCUUUGGUGCGUUGCUUGGAUGUGCAUAAGUGUAUGCACUGCUCACCUGUACUAUGACUCUUCUGAUUGUAAUUCAAAUGAAACAUUCCUAGGGUCAAGGUACAGUUGCAAUUCAACGCAGGAUUCAUGCAAAACAUUCUUGGUGUAUAGAGCUAAUAAGCAUUUCCAAACAAUUUCAGAUAUCUCAAAGCUCUUCAACAUGAACACUGAUGAGGUGCUUCAAAUAAACAACCUUACAUCAUCUUUUCAGGUACUCAAACAAGGUAAAGAGGUUCUUCUUCCUGUAGUUUGUACCUGCUCUGGCCAAUUUUAUCAAGCCAGUUUCAGCUAUAAAGUCCCUGAAAGUACAAUAUUUUCCAAGAUUGCUUGUGGGGUUUUUGAAGGGUUGCUGAAAGCUAUCACACUGGCUGAGGAAAACCUUCCACAAGGUAAUAAGCCCAAAGCUGGUUAUGAGCUUAAUGUGCCUCUAAGAUGUGCAUGUCCUAACAAUUUCACCAGUAGCAAGAGGGUGAAGUACCUUGUUACAUACCCUAUAAUACUAGGAGAUGAUUCAGAUAAAUUGACUAAGAAAUUUGGCAUGUCAUUUGAAGAUUUCUUGGCAGUUAAUCACUUGGAUCCCAGGUCAACUCUUUUCCCUGAGACAACUGUUUUAAUUCCAUUAAGGGAUGGUCCAAUCAGAAUGUUUGACAUUCCAGAUUCUCCUUCUCCACCUCCUGGUUUUCUUCCCACAAAUCCAGUGGCUAAUACACAAGAAUCUACACAGCCAUCAAAUUUGUCUAUUGCAGGACCUAUUAUAGGAUUUUUGUUGAUCAUAACAUUGCUUGCAAGUGGACUUUACAUGAAGAGAGUGAGAAAAAGUGAUGUUGUCCACUCCUUCAAUAUAACAAACUUCAAUAACUUGUGGUCACCAAUUAGAAGCUCUCCUAUAUCUACCUUAACAGGUAGAAGCUCUACAACUUCGUGUCUAUCUCCUGAUAUUCUUGCUGGAAUAAAGUACUGCUUGCUUAAUUACCGCAUAGAAGAGCUUGAAAAGGCCACCAAUAAUUUCAGUGAAGAAAACAAGAUUGGUCAUGAUUUAGUCUAUAAGGGCUUAGUCAGUAAUCUAGAGGUGAUGAUAAAAAGGAUGAGGUUUGAAGACACAAGCAAGGUAAUUGAUUUACAUUCAAAAAUCAAUCAUGUUAAUAUUGUGAACUUAAUUGGUGUUUCUUAUGGUGAGAGCAAUGCUUCAUGGUCUUAUCUAGUUUUUGAGUUGCCUAAAAAUGGCAGCUUGAGGGACUGCAUAUCUGAUCCAUACAAUGCUCUAAACUGGGACAGAAGGACACAAAUAGCCUUUGAUAUUGCAACAUGUCUUUACUAUUUACAUUGCUGUUUUUUUCCUUCCUAUGCUCACAUGAAUGUCAGUAGUAGAAAUGUUUUCAUAACAGCAAAUUGGAGGGGGAAAUUGGCAGAUGUUGGUAGGGCAUUGGCUAACAAGUACCUCAUGCAUGGCUUAGUUUCUGAAAAGGUUGAUAUUUUUGCAUUUGGGGUUGUCUUGCUUGAGUUGAUAUCAGGAAGAGACAACUUUGAUGGAAAAUCAGUCAAAGAUUCCCUUGGAUUUUUGUUGGGGGAAGCCAGUGAAGGGGGUUGUUUUGAAGGAUUAAGGAGUUUCAUGGAUCCUAAUCUGAAGGAUUAUUCUCUUCCAGAGGCUUUAUGUUUGUCUUUUUUAGCAAAGGAUUGUGUGGCAGAUGAUCCUCUGCAUAGGCCAACCAUGGAUGAUAUCAUGAAAGUCCUCACAAAAAUGGUUUAG